UUAUUUAUGUCAGUUUUCGGUUUGGGUUUUAUUUUUAGAUGCGAAAAGAUUGAAUGGGAUUUGUAUUUAGUAUUAGCUCUACUAAUGUCUGAGUUUCAGAACUGCCCCUUUUCAUGUUUUGCCUGAAAUAUAACAAAUUUAACCUCCAUAGAAGGAAAGAACCUUAUUUUAGGAAUGCCUGAUGUGCUGUCUUUCGAACCUGUCUCCGUACAUUAUAAAUUAAUCACUUAAUAACAGCUGCAAGAAAUAAGGAAAAGCAAGUUAAGGAGGGACUGCUUAAUGUUCAGUUUACUGACGUUGUUAAAAACCGUACCUUUUAUGCUACGUUUGAAACGUAUGACGCAGUGCAAAACAAUUAAGUCUGAACAAGCAAACAUAUCAAUGUACCAGUUAGCUCCGGGGAUUUAGAGCUAAGCUUUUCUGUUCUUUUUAUUUCAUGUAAUGAUUUCAGAAAAAUUGUGGAAAAUGGCUAAAAGGGUCUUAUUUGCAUUAAUCUUUGUUCUUCUUAUUUACACUAAACAGAAAUUUCCACGACCAUUGUUUUGGUUCCUAUACAGUUAUGUGCAAUUUACAGUUUGUACAUAUUCAAAAUAAUAAAAUAGUGAAAUGCAUAUGCAAAAGUUUGGAGACUGUCAGUACUUAGUAACACUUUCAUUGAAAGAAAUUACAGCUUCCAGAUGUUUCCUGUAGCCAGCUAAGAGUUAUUAUAUUGCUUUUGCAUUUUUUCCACUUUUCCUUGCAGAAGUCUUCUAGCUCAGAAAUAUUCUUAGGUCUUCUUGCAUGCACUGCAUGUUUGAGAUCUCCUCACAGAUUUUUAAUAUUCAAGUCUGGGGACCAUGAAAGUUAUUCCAAAACCUUAAUCUGUCAUUCUUUACUGUGGGAUGUCCCAGAAAGAUCCUUGCCAAAAGCAGGCAUGUGAAAUCCAAAGAUGUUUACAAGCCAACAAAUAUAUUGAGAGCAAGUGUGAAGAUGUGAUUGAAGCAAUGAGGCAGUGCUGCAGGUUUCAUGCUGGAGAGAAGUCUGUCUGCUGUUCAGGAUUUGUGAAGGAACAGAAAGAGCAAGAGUCAUGCAAAUGAUUAUAUUUACACAGGGAAUAUCUUGAAAUACUGAUUAAACUGUAAAUGUAUUAUUUCAAUAAAGUAUUAUACAUGAUAUACAUG